AUGCGUUCCAUCAUCUUCUCGCUCGCCAUCGUCGUGCUCGCCGUUCAUGGCGCCAAGGAAGUGAAGGAAGCCAAGGAGGCUCCGGCCGCCGGUCAUUACGGUGUUCCACCGGUCUACCAGAAUCCCGGACAGGCUUCGUCACAGUACGGAGCUCCAGUCUUCAACUUCCCGAACUUCGACGUCAACUACUGCUCGGUGCACGCCUCGUUUCCACUCGUCGGUCUCGACAAGAAGCACUACAAGAACCGUGUGAAGAGACAAGCCUACGGAGUUCCAGCUCAGGAAACCACUGGAGCUUAUGGAGCUGGAGGAGCCUACUCACAAGGCCCAGCCUACGGACCAGCCUACUUCCAAAGACCAAGACCAUUCGAGAGACAAGCUUGCCGCCACACCGCUAUCACGUCAACAGACGCUUGCAACAAGUGCUGCGCGAUCUCGUCCAAAGUUUCCGGAAGCGACUCCCCAACCGUCGGAAUCUUGAUGGUGUUCGAUCCGAAGCUCACCGCCGCGCCGAAAUACCACCGCAAGUACGACGAUGACGAUGAGGACGACGACGACGACGAGACGGAGAAGGACAAGAAGGAGCAGAAGAAGGACGAGCUCGCCCUUCAAUGCGUAUGCUGCACCUCGAGAAAAAUCUAA